UCUCUCUUUCUCUCUAUAUAAAUGAAUUACUGUCAUCUUUAAUUUGUCACUAGCAAUUGUCAAGCUUUCAAACUUUAUAUUUGGCUUUAGGGGAGAACAAAGAGACUUUACUUUGGAUAUCAAACAUGUCUAGCUAGCUCUCUAUUCUAAGUCUAUCUCUAUCCUAUCUAAUAUCUAUACUUACAUACAAAUUUCUCUCUCUCCAAUUUAUAUUUGGAAAUUAAGUUGGAUCGACAAGUGAAGAUUGAUCGAUGUUAGCUCUGUCUCCGGCGACGAGAGAUGGUUGCGACGGAGCGUCAAAGUUUCUUGAUACGUCGUCGUGUGGAUUCACGAUCAACCUGGAGGAGGAUGAGUUUCCGGAUUUCGCAGACCACGGGGAUCUCCUCGACAUCAUUGACUUCGACGAUCUAUUCGGUGUCGCCGGAGAUGUGCUUCCUGACUUGGAGAUCGACCCUGAGAUCCUAGCCGGGGAUUUCUCCGACCACAUGAACGCUUCUUCCACGAUUACUACGGCGUCGGAUAAGACUGAUAGUCAAGGGGAAGCUAACAAGGGUGUUACCGGAAAAGGUGAAGAAGUCAUCAGCAAAAGAGACGAUGCUGCGGCGGAGACGGUGACUUAUGACUGUGACUUUGACCGGAAAAGGAAGUAUCCCUCUUCUGCUUCUUCCAAGAACAAUUGCAUCAGUAAAAACGACGUGAAGAGAAAGAUAAAGGUGGAUUGGACACCAGAGCUACACAGGAGAUUCGUGGAGGCAGUGGAACAGUUAGGAGUGGACAAAGCUGUUCCUUCUCGAAUUCUGGAGCUUAUGGGAGUCCAUUGUCUCACUCGUCACAACGUCGCUAGUCACCUUCAAAAAUAUAGGUCUCAUAGGAAACAUCUGCUAGCUCGUGAGGCCGAAGCGGCUAAUUGGACUCGCAAGCGGCAUAUCUACGGAGUAGACACCGGAGGUAAUAUUAAUGGUCGGAGUAAAAAUGGAUGGCUUGCACCAGCACCCACUCUUGGGUUUCCACCGCCGCCUGUGGCUGUCGCACCGGCGCCACCUGUCCACCACCAUCAUUUUAGGCCGUUGCAUGUGUGGGGACAUCCCACGGUGGAUCAGUCCGUCAUGUCUCAUGUGUGGCCCAAACACUUACCUCCACCUUCUGCCGCAAUGCCUAAUCCACCGUUUUGGGUCUCCGAUUCACCCUACUGGCAUCCAGUAAUUCAUAACGGGACGACUUCUUAUUUGCCGACCGCAGCUACGAGAUUUAGAGCACCCCCGGUUGCCGGAAUCCCACAGGCUCUGCCGCCGGUGUACAAACCAAAUUAUGGCUUCGGUGGUGGUCGUCCGCCGGUGGACUUACAUCCGUCAAAAGAGAGCGUGGAUGCCGCCAUAGGAGAUGUAUUGACGAGGCCGUGGCUGCCACUUCCGUUGGGAUUGAAGCCACCGGCAGUUGACGGUGUUAUGACGGAGCUUCACCGUCACGGUGUCUCUGAGGUUCCGCCAACAGCGUCUUGAAACGGACAAGCCCCAAAGGCAACACGAACCAAAAAAAAAUUCGACGACAUGUCUUUCAAUUCUUGUAUCUUUUUUUUUGUUCCAAAGGUUGUUUUCGUUUUGACCCUUGUUGAGUGUUGAGAGUCUAGGGUCUCUUUAAUUAAUCGUGUCAUAUUGUGACUAAUAAGGAGAACAUUUUCAUGUGUACGUAGGGUGUUAUAAGUACACUCUCUAGCUAUAAACGCAAAUAAAUGACAUAUAUCCGCUCUAA